CCCAUCCCCAAAACACCCCCAUACUUUACCUUCUUCCCGUUAUAGCCUUGUCGUUUGUUGUUUUAAUUCCCACUCUGACCAAAAACUUCUCUCUCUCUCUUCGCCUUAGAAAUGGAGGAUGCUUUGAGUGCCAAACGAGGCCGUGAGGAGACCGACGAGUCGUUUGAGUCGCCGGAGCCCAAGAGGCUCCGAGAAAGCCUUUUUCUUGAUAUUUUUGAGGACGAUGGGGAUUCCGGCGAGCGAGAUCCGGCGAUUCAGGACCUUGCUACGGUGAUGAAAAGCCUUGAGGAGGAAAUCGGGCUUCCAUCGACGGUACCACCGCCAAAGUCCUUAAGUCCAGUAGUGGAGGUGGACCCUGGGCAGCCUGACUUAGGGUUUCUACUAGAAGCGUCGGAUGAUGAGCUGGGGUUGCCGCCGACCGUGCUUUCAUCUUCGGAGGACGGUGGCGAAGUCGACGCGGCGGCGGAGACUGCCGUCGCCGAGGAGGAUAGGGGAUUUGGUGCCCAGAUCUGGGGAUUUGACGAUGAGAUCUUUGAUAAUGGGUUGGCCUUCGGUGGUGGUCGGAUGGAGGAUGAGGACGCUGUUUGGUAUGACGGUGGUUUAUUUGAUUACUCUGAUGAACAAUCUCGGCCGUCCGAUCUCCCUGAUGUUUCCUGGAGAUCGGAGUCAUUGCCGGCCGUUUGAUCGUUGUUGUCCCUUGCGGACCCCCCCACCAUCUCUUCACCCUUUUUAUUUUUACUUUUAUUUUUAUUUUUUUAAAAAGAAAUAUUAUUUUUCCUAACACGCAGGUUGUAAAGGUUUAGGAAGUUAAAAAAAAAAAAAAAUAAAGGAUAAAAAGAAAACGAAAGUAAGGAAAAUACAUUUCAUUCUGGCCGUUUUCUCA